GUGUAAAUGUAUGUUAUCAGGACACACCUCUCAGGGGCAAUAUUGACCGAGGGAGGAGAUGCUGCAUUUAGUAGUGUAAAGUUUAAAGUCUCAGGGGAUUUAAAUAUGUGCUUCUAGCCAAACUUAUUGAUUUAUCGCUGUCUACAGAGAUGCAGAACACAGUGGCUGGUCGUUAAAACAGAAACAGACUGGAAUGGCUUCAUUUGGACAAAUAAUUUUUGGGACAAUGGUUGUUCUCAUCAUUGUAUUCGCUGGUCUCAUCAUUUUAAUUUUGACUCUUGGAUUUUCAGUCUCUCAAGGUACCGUUGAGACAGGCAGCCCCUCUAUUGUGGGAAAUCUUGGACAGGACGAGGUCAUUGAUUGCACGUUUAAUACCAAGAGCAACAGUGGGUUGACUGAAGAUGUAUCAAUCUCUUGGUUAAAAGAUGGUCUUAGUGGGGUGGUAUAUGAAUAUAAGAAUAAAGCAGCCCAACUUCAAAUGCAGAAUACACAGUUUAAAGAAAGAGCACAACUGUUCCCAGAUGUUAUUUCUACAGGCAAUGCUUCUCUACUCCUGAGAAGUGUGAAAUUGGAAGAUGAUGGUGUGUAUCGCUGUAGUGUCAGUGCGGGAAAACUCUCAGGGACUACAAGCAUUAAUCUUAGAGUGGCUGCUUUUACAGCCCCCACCUUUAUCCAACAGACAAAUACUUCACUAACUGCGGAGGCCCAGAGAUGGUUUCCCCAACCGGAGGUUACCUGGUUAAGUCAGAGUGGAGAACUUUUAAACAGCAGCAGCCAAUUCAGCAACAAUUCGGCUGGAAUCACACAAGUUGUCAGUGUCCUGGAGUUCCCAGUAAAAGUCGAUGAAACUUACACCUGCCUUAUACAAAACAGCCUUGUGAAAGCUGUCUCGGAGGCAACUGUAACAGGCAAUGAAGUGACGGGAAAGACAUACUUCAUUUUUAAUGCUGCAUCAACAAUAUUAUCCUCACAACCCUUGUUUAUAGUUAUACUUCAUUUCUUUCUCAAGUAGACUCCGGUGUCUGGUUGUUAGUAAGGUCAACAAAUUAUUUCUCUGUUGUGUACACAUUAAUCUAUUCUGUUAUCCAAAUGUCAUAUAUAAUUAUUGUAAUAUUAUAAUUAGAAGUGCUAUUAUUUAUUCAAAACUGUAAAUACUUCAUACAAGUUGAAAAACUUUUUGUUAAUAUAUUUAACACAAAUGUAGCUUUUUACACCAUGUGAUCAUAAAGAUGCACAAGCAUAAACCAUCACUAUGUGAUACAGUACAAUAAUAAAAAUAUCUUUGACUUUAUCACUGUACACUACUUCAGAGGAUAUUUGACUUUUAAUGUUGUGUUCAUUUAACAAUGCAAAUAUAGUUUUA